ACGGCAAGCCGAGCCCGCUCGUCUCAAAUCGUUCACCUGCAUCGCUCCGCUCUGUCUCGGUUUUGCUCUGGCUUCGACGUCUAUGAACUCCCAAUUCUAGGGUUUGUGUACUAGAGAUAUACGAAAAUGUCUCAGAACGGCAAGCUGAUGCCGAAUCUGGAUCAGCAGAGUACCAAGCUUCUCAAUCUCACUGUUCUGCAAAGGAUCGACCCCUUCGUCGACGAAAUUCUCAUCACCGCUGCGCAUGUCACCUUCUAUGAGUUUAACAUCGAUCUUAGCCGAUGGAGCCGCAAGGACGUUGAAGGAUCUCUCUUCGUUGUUAAGAGGAACACACAACCUCGAUUUCAAUUUAUUGUGAUGAAUCGUCUUAAUACCGAAAACUUGGUGGAGAAUCUUUUGGGAGAUUUUGAGUACGAAGUUCAGGUUCCAUAUCUGCUAUAUAGAAAUGCUAAUCAAGAAGUGAAUGGUGUAUGGUUCUACAAUGCUCAGGAAUGUGAAGAGGUGGCAAAUCUUUUUAACAGGAUCCUUAGUGCCUAUUCCAAAGUUCCUCAAAAGUCGAAGGUCUCUUCUACGAAGAGUGAAUUUGAGGAGCUGGAAGCAGUGCCAACUAUCGCAGUCAUGGAUGGUCCUCUUGAGCCAUCGCCAUCAACCACUUUGAAUGCAGCUGAUGUAUCGGAUGAUCUUUCCUUUGUAAAUUUCUUCAGUGCUGCUAUGACCAUUGGGAAUACUGCAAAUGCUCCAAUUACAACACGAUCUUGCCAGUCGUCUGCUACAAUUCCUUCUACCUCUCUGCCGAUCAGUGAAGCUACUCCAGUUGCUCCUUCCUUGCAGCUGCCCUCUCAUUCAUCAUCUGCAUCUCUAAUCUCUCACCAUGACACUCCUGGUUCCAGCAGCAGCAGCAACCAAACCACCAAUCUUGUGAAGCCUUCAUUUUUUGUCCCUACACCUUCUUCAACAGUGAUGACCCCUCCUGUGUCUUUGUCCACGGCAGCUGUCCCUCCACCUCAUACCGUUCUCAGCAUGCAGCGCCCAUAUGGUGCUCCACUGCUACAGCCAUUCCCACCACCAACUCCCCCCCUGUCCCUUACUCCUACUUCUGUUCCUCAUACAAACCAUGGUCCAGUUAUUACCAGAGAAAAGGUCCGAGAUGCUCUUCUUGUGCUUGUUCAGGACAAUCAAUUCAUUGACAUGGUCUACAAAGCGCUGCUCAAUGCUCACCAAUCGUGACUGUCAGGAGGUUUUAUCAUUCUAGAGAUUUUUUUUUCCCCCGGGGGGGGGGGUUGUUUUACAUACAUUUACUAUAGAUAGGCCAGGCUUCACUCGUCCUAAGGCUUUCAGAUGCAUCAGUUAGGCACUUUAAUUUGCAAGUUUGGUUGAGUGCUGAACGCUGUGGCU